UUCGUUGUCAUAUUUGUUUAUGUUUUAAUUUUGGUUUAAUUACAUUUUUAUCGUUUUUGUAUUCACAAUUGUAUCUUUUUAGUUAAGAUUUGAUUUCUUUAAUUUACUAUUAUUUUAUUCCUUUAUUUAGUGUGUUUUUUCAUUUUUAUUUUAUUUAUUAUUGUGCCAUGUUUAUUUAUUUAUUCCAUUUCUUUGUCCGUGGGUCAAUUUGAUUGAUAUAUUUAUCAAGUCUUAUUCAUUUAUUCCUUGAUUACGUUUGUCAUUGAGUGAAAUCAAUAAAUUCGUCACAGGGUCAAAUGGUCACACUGGUGCAAAAAAAAGAAAAAAAGUUAACUGAACGGUAAACCAAUAACUGAGUAUCACAUGAGGACUUUUGAAACAUUUGUUUGAGAAUGGUUGGACAUUAGGGAGGCAGCGCUGCCCAUUAAAUAUGUGUUGACGUUCCCACCCGGUUUCGGAUUUGUCCUUACUCGUUCCCAUGCUCCUUUUCUCGCCACGCUCUUGUCGCCGUGAUGCGGGGCUGGCGUGGGGCAGCUCCACCACGUCUAAUCCUCGGCGGCGUACCUGGCACAUCUCGAUUGCGAUGCCGGCCCGCCGUCACCGGCCAGCGGUCACCCCUAAUCCACCAGCAUCUAGGCCACUCGGAACAAUGUCGGUGCUUCCACCACAACUUUCGGUACUAUAGCUUUAACACUUCCAAAACAGACCACUGUGUCUGAUGUUUGUAAAACAUGGUUCAUUUAAGACUCUUCUGUGUUGAUGAAAGCACACAUACUUUACACUGAUUAAGUCUUUGAUGUUCAUGAAAAUAUGUAGUUUAGGUUCCUUGAGGACUCAAGUGUCUUUGAUGCUUAUGAGAACAUAUAUGUCAGGCUGAGGGAAUACUUCACUGUCUUUGGUAUUUAUAAGGGCACAUAUUUGGAAUUUACUGAGGGUUACAUUGUCAUUGACGUUCAUAUAUAAAAAUGCUUUUUUUGUUUGUUGAAGUUACAUAUAACAAACUAAUAAAACAACAAAAGCAAGUCAAAACGGUAUUUUAAAACACAACUGACUCUCUGGCCAUUUGCAAACGAGGACGAAAGUGUCUUUCGUGGUCAUAAAAAACAUGGAUGUUUGGUUCAUUUCAGACUUAUUCAAUGUGGUCAAAAUCUGAGGAUAUUAUGUCCUAAAAUUCGUGUGAGCGAGCGUGUGCACAUGUGUAUGGAGUUGGAAGGGGAUGAAUGAACGGGAGGGCGGGGUCUUAUUACUGGCCCCGCCCACCCGGCGCCUCCUUGCGGCCGCGAAGGACGGCGCGUACCCCCCAGCCGGCGGGUGGGCGGCUGGUACGGACGUCGCCGCCAGAGUCCGCCACCGCCGCCGGCGGCAGCAGCAGCAGUAGCUCGGGGCCGAGGGUCCCCCCUUUUUAAGUGGUCUCAUGACUCAGUGCGGGGAAACAGCGGACGACUGCGAGCAGGAAGCAUCCCAACACUCAGAGAACCUUUGAACAUUGAGAUGUAUUGCAUCCCGGCGUCCGCCAUCUUGGCUCUACUCUGCCUGGCGUCCCCGGUCCACAGCACCGGCAGCCUGCAGGCCGGCCUGAGGCAUCGACAGGGCGGCUUCGCCAUGGCCUUGUACCGCGCCGUGGCCCAGGGCCGCGUCGACACCAAUCUGGUGGUGUCGCCGUCCGGCGUGGCAGCCGCCCUGGGCCUACUGCAGCUCGGCGCCCGGGGCAACACCAGGGCCCAGCUGGAAGCCGGCCUGGGCUACGACGUCAACGAUGCUCACGUUCGAGAGGUGCUGCUGCAGUGGCAGGCCGAGGUGAACAACAGCAGCAGUCCAAUGGCAUCAAAGGAGGCGUGGCUACAGCAGACAUGUGUUUUAUUGGUGCAGAACAGCAUUAAACUCGCCACCGGAUUCGCGCAUAAGGUUGAAACCUGGGCUGAUGUCAGUGUGAUGAAAGAUCACCAGCAGCAGAACAACAAUUCACGCAAAGAUGAGACGUGGCUCCCCCUACAGGCAGGAAGCAGCAGCGGCGACCUGUCUGGUUCUGGUGAAGUUCAACAGGCUGAGGCUUCAACAUUGUUAUCAUCUUCAUCGCUAUCGGCAUCAUCGUCUUCCUGGCCAUCCGGCCAGCAGAUGGCGCUGUUGAGCACGGUUACGUUCAGGGGCAUGUGGCAAAAGCAGUUUCACGCAGUCAACACGCACAACCUCCACUUUCUACUCAUGGACGGCACCACUGUCAAAGUACCCAUGAUGCACCAGGCUACCGAGGUUCGCUUUGGUCAAUUCCUAACAUCGUCUAACCAAAGGUACGCAGUCCUGGAUCUUCCCUACUCUGGUUUGUCCCUAAGCCUCCAGGUGGUCCUCCCUUCGGACCGCAAGACCCAUCUGUCUUCCCUGGAGGCUCAGCUGAGCUUUCGCCACAUGGCCUCCUGGGAGGCCGGCCUACGUAGGACCAAGAUGGACGUCUUCCUGCCCAGGUUCAAGAUGCAUAACAAAUUGAACUUGAGGUCCACACUUCCUGCCAUGGGAAUCGGAGACGCCUUCAACCCGUCGGACGCCGACUUUUCUGGGAUUUCAGCCGAGGACUCACUCUACGUCUCCGACGCCUUCCAUGAUGUCACCAUCGAAGUCACAGAGGAGGGAACCAAGGCGGCUGCCGCCACAGCCAUGGUGCUACUGAAGCGUUCCCGCGCUCCCGUCUUCAAAGCAGACCGGCCUUUCCUGUUCUUGCUGAGACACAUUAAAACAGGAUCCAUUUUGUUCAUGGGCCGAGUGAUGAACCCCACCGACCAAUUGCUAUGAGAUGUUUAUAACAUGACACGAACACGUACACACAUCUAUAUAGAUAAAUACUUUAUUAAUCCCGAGGGAAAUUACAACAUACACAGUAUUUAUUUACAUGCACUUCCGCAAGAGGGACAAUAUUUUUUGUAAAUGUGUAAAUAAAAUUGUAAUAAUUUUUUUUUUACACUUGAUGUGCCAUUUUUCCCCCCUUUUUUUGUGGCUCUCUAUUCUUUUCACCAGCAAAAAGUGUUUUUUUGUGAUCUUUUUCAA